AAGGACAAGUCUUUUUGGUAUCUCAAGAUCGGGAAAAAAUGUGGUUGCAAGGUUUGAAGUAAUCUUGGUGUUUUGUUGUGAAUUCUUGCAAUGGAUUCUUUGACUGGAUAUAGAAUGGAACCCAAAUGGCGAAUUGAUCCUCAGCUUCUCUUUGUUGGGCCAAAGAUUGGUGAAGGAGCUCAUGCCAAAGUCUAUGAGGGAAAAUACAAGAAUCAGACAGUUGCUAUAAAGAUAGUUCACAGAGGAGAAACACCAGAAGAGAUUGCUAAAAGAGAUUCAAGAUUCCUAAGAGAAGUAGAAAUGCUCUCACGUGUUCAACACAAGAAUUUGGUCAAGUUCAUUGGUGCUUGCAAGGAGCCUGUAAUGGUGAUAGUUACGGAACUUCUUCAAGGCGGUACAUUGCGUAAAUAUCUGUUAAACUUGAGACCCGCAUGUUUGGAGACCCGUGUGGCUAUCGGUUUUGCGCUUGAUAUUGCUCGUGGUAUGGAAUGCUUGCAUUCCCAUGGGAUCAUUCACCGUGAUCUCAAACCCGAGAACUUGCUUUUAACUGCAGACCACAAAACAGUAAAACUAGCAGACUUUGGAUUAGCAAGAGAAGAGUCACUGACUGAGAUGAUGACGGCUGAGACAGGAACAUACCGAUGGAUGGCACCAGAGUUGUACAGCACGGUUACUCUUCGAUUGGGAGAGAAGAAGCAUUACAACCAUAAAGUCGACGCCUAUAGCUUUGCAAUCGUUCUUUGGGAGCUUUUACACAAUAAAUUGCCUUUUGAGGGAAUGUCUAAUCUCCAAGCAGCAUAUGCAGCUGCCUUCAAAAAUGUGAGACCAAGCGCGGAGAGCUUACCCGAAGAGUUGGGCGACAUUGUAACAUCAUGUUGGAAUGAGGAUCCUAAUGCUCGGCCAAACUUCACACAUAUCAUUGAGUUACUACUUAACUAUCUCUCCAAGGUUGGAUCUCCGAUAUCCGCUAUUCCACAACGGAUUCUUGCUUCAAAGAACACACUAUUGCCACCGGAUUCUCCCGGAACUAGCUCUUUGAUGGCUAAACUUGAUGAAUGUGGGGAAACUCCAAAGGCCAAAAGUGAAGACAAACGAAAAGACACUUGGUUAUCACCAGAUGCGAGAGAAGUUUUCAGGCCCUAAUUUAUUAAGGAAAUCUAUGAACAGAUUGCUUGCAAGUAGAGAAAGGAAAAAACUUUUAUGACUUUCAGUUCAACACAAGGCUUGUCAAGUCCACAAUUGCACAUUUUCAGGUAGACUACUUUGCUUAGUUAUGUUUUGUAAUGUGUUUCAUACUCUGUUACUUGAUGUCUAGAAGAUGAAUGACAGUUCAAAACUUAUCUUAAAGAUGUGUUGUUUAUUGAUAGAAGGACUAAUGGGUUUAUAUAAAGAAACAUUGCAGAAUUUG